AUGUCUAACUUGCAGUUUCUGGAGCUGCCCAAGGGAGCUGUCGUCUCUAUAACAAAAGUUACUGCUGGUAUAUGGUACUGGAAAGAUGAUACGCGGACGCUGGAAUUUUCAUGUGCCUAUCCUAAGGAUGAUGCUAAGGAACAAAAGGAGAAAAGUAAAAAAGGCAGCAAGGUUAUCCAUUUCCAGGAUGUUCCAUCAAAACCAAUGGAAAGACAAGGUCCUAUUUUUUUCCGAGAUAUAUAUCCUACACAAAACCCUUCCCAAGAUGAAAAGGUAUCCCGGUCACUGAAGCGAGGACAAAAUGAACUGGUUGCUUUAGAAGAUGUUAAAUAUGCUGCAAUAUUUCUGGCACAGGAGGAGGAAUCUUAUCACGCCCCAACUUUCUCUGCCGUUAUGAGGUGUAAGCAGCUGGAUGAUUUCCUCAUGGCUCUGUUAUAUUACAUCUCUUUCUAUCUGGAAAAACUAGCCCUGGAAAUGAAACCCAGAUCAUUCAUGGGAAAGCCGAGUGCCAAGGAAAAAAAAGAAAUUAGGCAGAACCAAAUCCAUCUGGCCGUGACCAAAAAGCAUCUCGCCGAGCGGUACUGCAUCCUCAUCCUAGGCCUAGGGAUGGCUGAUCAGCAUCACAUGGCUUGUGGCAAGAGAAAAAUAUCAGCCGCACAGAAAGACAGGGAGUUCUUUGAGUGUUUGUACAACUUUGCUGCCUACGUGGCUUUUGUGACCUUCAGGCAGAAGAACCUCAAGGAAAUCCAGCAGGAAGUGGGCAGACUGCUCCGCUCAAACAUGUUCAACCCGGCUCUGAGAGACAGAACAAAAUCCAAGGAAAUUAUAAAAACGGAUGUUACCAAGGAAAUUAAGAAAGUCCCUUUCCCUUAUCGCAAGAAGACAGACCCCAGGCAACCUGCUAUAAGGAGUGUCAUGGAUCAGCGGUCACCUGUGCUUAGUACUUUGCUGCCUAUGGCAAAAGAUAGCGCCCAGUACCUUUUCCAGGACCAUUAUCUCCGUCCUGGCAAAAGCCCCCCAAGUUAUGCCCCUGAAGAGCUACCAGAGUUGUCCACCAUUGUGUCAUCAACAAAUAUCGGCAUUAUUGGAUGUCCACGCAACAGGUUCAUCCCACACACGCUCCUGCCUAUUUGCACCCAAGAGGAGGAGGAGAAAGAGGAGAUGGAGAGUGUCCUCACCAAGACCAGUGUCACUUCCCUGUUUUCCCGGGAAUUGAGUGGCUCCUCGAGGCCUGUUCAGCACAGUGGAAGCCGGGCGUCUGUGUCGCUUUCGAGGCCAACCACUGAAGGCGACUACACUGAGGACCCCCUGUAACAUACUCUAGUGUUAAGGCUAAGUGUUCCCAUGUGUUAAAUAAAUCUUUUUGAAGCUUCUGUAGAUCUGCUGUUGAAUUUUAUCCAUCCUUACCCAAGCCAGACGGAAAAGUAAGCCAAGGUAAAGGUUUCCCCUUGUUCAAUUUUGGGGGGUGGUGCUCAUCUCCAUUUCUAUGCCGAAGAGCCAUAGAUGCCUCCAAGGUCAC